AUGCCGUCCGGAUCUGACAACAUGGACAUUGAGUUGCAGGCAGUGAAGACGAGAAAUGGGGACCACGAACCUGGAUUUGUAUCAUAUGAUCGGGUGAGUUCCCUGUCUAAUAAGGAUUAAAAACACAGAGGAAAUGGGUGGUAAUAAGAUUAAUAGUAAUUAAAUUUGUAUUUAACUGAGUGUCUAUAAUUCUUUAAUUUACAAAAGAAAAUGUUUGAUUAUGAUUUUAAGUAUAAAAGUCUAAGUAUGUCUAAGUAUCUGUCCAUAUCUAAGUAUGUAUUUGGAUUUACUGUACCACACUGUAGGCUGGGAUUGCUGAUGAUAUCAAAACUGAAACAAUAGUCCAUUAAUUUCAUAACCACAUAUUAAAUUGCUGACAAGAUUUAUUUAUAUCAUGUUACCACAAAUUGAAGAACUCCUCUGCCUUAAGCUAUCAAAUGAAAAUUGUCCUUGUCUUAUGUAACGGUACAGUAUGGAGUGUUCGUCUGCUUUUAAUGUCAGUGGGCUACAGGUCGCAAAAAACAGGGUUACGCUAUAUAUGUAUGUGUGUAUUUAUUCUAUUUUCUUGACACAUCAACCAAUGGACAAUAUCUAUCUAUCUAUCUAUCUAUCUAUCUAUCUAUCAUGUAAGGAAAAGUAUCAAGAAAUCAGUCAAUGAAUAGAUGGAUUAUUUCCAUUUGAUGCUCCAUAAUAUGUAUUGUAAUGUCAUGAAAAAAUGUCUGUUUGUAACUUGUAUUAUUCUCUAAUAUUUACCUGCUUUAGGUAACAGGUAACGGAGAAAGUGUGGCCAACUCGAACCCUGAUGCAUCAGAGAAAGAUGUGUUAUUAUCUGUGCAGGUGAGCUUCUGUAAAGGUUGUGUUUAUGUCUUUUUGUUUUGUUUAGUUUGACAGUCUUCCUAAGUAAAACUGUCAACAGCUUGCAUCGGAGACUCUGUUGAAAGUGGUGAUAUAAACACACCGUAUCCAAACAGUUAUCCAUUUUUAGUAAUGGUAUGAGGAAAGUGACGUAGUGUUUGUCUGUUGUGUUUAUAUCAGAUCGACGGUUGUAAUGGGGAGACGACAGCCGCUGGAUCAGCAGCAGCAGCUCUACAAAACGUGGGAAACACCUCUGAAGAGGUAUAAAGGCUUACAUUCGCUGUUUUAGUCGUUGUUUCCUCUUUACAUAUGAUAAAGAAUCAGUUCUUUUUUGAGAGAAUUUCUUUCAGCUCUCUUUAAAAUGUGAGGUAAAUGACAAUCUUGUGUUUUUGUUUCUCGUCAGGUUACCACUCCUAAUGGUGAGACAGUCGCGUCUUCAGUUUCAGAAGAAUCUCAAAGUAUUCUGGGAAAUGUUUCUAGAGAGGUAUGAAAGCUUUUAUUAAAAAUGGCUGUAUGGGUUUUGUUUCUCUCUUCUCAUGGAAUAAAGGAAGUGUAGUUUACUGUUUACUAAUAUUUCCCUAUUCUGUUCAUUUUUGUGAAACUAAAACCAAAGCUACAGCUGUAAAUUAUGAGGAUUAAUCAGGAAUUUACAACUGUCUUGUUAUUCUACUCUAAAUCUAUCUGACUGGAACGCUCUACAAAUUGCCACCACAUCUUGAUAAAGCAUUUUUGUUUUUGAUUUAAGGGGAGACGAAUAAAGAAAGAGCUGAAUGAGAUCCUCUUCUGGAAAGUCAGACUGUGGAUGGCCAUCAUCUUUGUUUUUUUCCUCAUCUUUGUCGUAAUUAUAAUUUCGCUGCUGCUCUGCUCAGGUGGGAUAACAUCGUCAUGAGUCAAGUCAUCAACAUCAGUUGCAUAUUUUAAAGCAUUCAAUGAUGUUGUUGUUUUUGAAUCAAAGAUUACAAUUUGAAACAAUUUGAUUCAACUAUGCUGUUUCCUUUAUGCGCAGCAAUCCACGAGGACAAAGACGAGAAGUUCGACCCGUCGUUGUUCAAGUUUCCUCUGUAUUUUAACGGGAGCUUCCAACUGCCCAACCUGGUCUACACAGAGAAUCUCCUCACACUGUCCUUCAAUGAAAGCCAAGCACUCGCCUCUGACCUGCAGGAAAAGGUUUGGCCAUUCAUGAGUGUUUCUUCUCUUGUCUUUCUUUGAAUGGUGUACUUGAUAAUUCAGAUUUUAGGUGAUAUUUGCAGCUCAGUUCGUGUUGCGCAUGGAAGGACUGAAAUAUGCUGUUAGACGCUACAUUUUUAACUGGUGUGUAGCUCUUUGCUUUUGCUGUUGCAUCAGUUGUUUCCCAGUUGCAACACCCAUGUAACACCUAACUGAGAGAUGGUUGUGCUAUGCACAGUGUGGCAACAGUUCAAACUGACAAAUUUAAUAACCACAUCAGCCAAGGCUGCAUACCUGACCUCCACAACUCUCUACUUUCAAGAGAGAAACCUUCAACGUAUCGAGACGGCACAAAAUAAAAACCUGCUCUGGCUGCUAUUAUCAGAAGCUUUAAACCUUGUGUUGCGGUUUAAUCUUCUCAGAGAAUUAAAAUCAAAAGCCAUCUGCAGCAGAAGAGAGCAAAGGCGAUGUGAGGUGAAAGUACGUUAGAGUUAACCAAACACAUUUCACACCCAUUGUUUGUGUCUGCAUUCCUAAUCCUGGCCCCACCCAGCUUGCUGACCUCUACAGAUCCUCACCUGCCCUGGGACGGUACUUCUCAGGAGCUGAGAUCCAGGCUUUCAGGUACAAACACAUCAUCCGCAGCGAUUUUGAUAAAUGUCCACUAAGAUGAAAGUGAAACUUAAACAUAUCCCAGGGUUCCUGCACAGUUGGAAUUUCCAUACUUUUCCAUACCCUACCCUAAUUAUUUUUGGAAAUACCUACUUUUCUAUUUUUAGAAAGCAGUAUUUUAGAGCUGUGGUAAUAGUCUGGAAACAUAGAUACUUUAUUUCUCAUUUACCAUACUUUUUAAGACCUGGAAAUUGAUCAAACUACUUCCAUACUUUCUAUACUUGCAUAGGGACCCUGAUAUCGACUUUUGUUUUUCUACAGUCUGAUGUGUUUGUUGAGCUUCAGUAACCUUGCAUUCCUCCCCCCACAGGAACGGAUCAGUCAUAGCUGACUACCAGCUGAAAUUUCUCAUGCCUGAAGAACGACAGGAGCAGCUAAAGAACUACAUUCUGAGCAGGGAAAUGGUGUACAAUGUGCUCAGACAGUUUUUGUACGACCAAGAGUCUGAGGAGUCGGGGCCCAUGUAUAUCGAUCCAGUUUCCCUUAACAUGUUUUUAAAACAAUAG